AGGUUUAAUUCGUGUCGUGACGAAAUCUAUUUGGGGUGCGAUGAAAAGACUAGUAUAUUUCGCCCUCCUAAUUAAAAUCGUGCAUUUGACAAUGCAAGAGAACGUUACGAAGGGCGCUUGUAAUUGCGCGGUAUCCGCUGUUCCGGGAAUAGAACCGAUGAUAUUACAACACACGCUCCCACAUAAUGUGAGCUGCGAUCACGAAGGUCUCAAGGAGUGUCAAAAAUUGUGCAUUGUCUUGUCUGAAACCGUUCGAGAUAAGGCACCAAUGUUGAUUUGUCAGAAAUUGAACAUACAUAUCGAAAAUCUGAAGGUAGCUCUAUACAUGAAAUCAUGUGAUUUGUCUUUUUGGACAUUCACUGGCUUGGAAAGCGCAGAGCCCAUUUGCUGUCACGAAGGAAAAGCAGUUGCUUGUGACGAGGCGAUGUCGACAAUAGAGAAUUAA